AUGAGUAAUUCCAUCUCGAACUCGCAGACCCCGCCCAUCGCCGCUUCCUCGUCUACGACCGCGAACAACUCCUCCUCAGGAUCGUCCGCCACCGUGGCCGCUGGAUCGGCGCAACCCGCUGCCCGGAGCUCGUACGCCAACGCGACCAAACCCGCGAUCGUGUCUAGCGCAACCCCGCCCGUGGCAGUGGGAGCACCACAGAACGCGCAGCAUGGCAAAAGCUCGUCUGUCUCCCCCGUGAAUGGCAACAGCGCCAUCAAGCCCGCCAUUCCCGCCAUGCCCACCAUUGUCAGUGGCGGCCCCAACGGCAACGGCAAUGCCAACGCCCACGAGCGCAAGUCCUCGGUUCAGAUCAAGCAGACGCCGCCUGUCGCCACUGCUGGCGGGCCUCCCUCUGGCAUCAAGUUUGGAUCGCUUGCCGGCUCGCCAGCGCCUGCCCACGCCUCGCCCGUCGUACAGGGAAACCUGAAUCCCCAGGCCCAGAAUCCUCGCGUUGCCUCUCCUGCGCACUCGCCAUCGCCUAUUCCCACGCCCAUUUCCGGAGGCCCCAAGCCCGACGGAUUGCCCACUCGCCCAAACCUGGUCUUUGGUGGUCAGGGCGGUGAAGGCACAGAGUCCAACGCCCGUCCUGCCAUGCCUCCUCAGCCCAACUCGCACGCACACCCCCAAGCUCAGCAUCUACGCCGUGAGUCGUCGCAGUCAGCGCACAGCGAUAUGAGCAACGCAAACAUGGGGCGAGGCUACCCUCCUAGCCGAGGCCGCGGUGGAUACCCACAAGGCCACUACAACCCGCAGAUGGCCAACCAUUCGCCACAGCCAUAUCGCUCCAUGCCUCAGCAGAUGGGCCGCGGUAUGACCCCCCCAUUCCAGCCUCCUGGCCAGAUGGCGCAGCGUUCUCCAUACACGCAAAACCGCAGCCCCGCCAUGACGCCCGCUACUAUGCAUACACAGCAGCAGUUUGCCAACCCACAGGGAAUGCCGUACUACCAGGGACAGCCAUAUGCUCAGCAGAACAUGUACGGUAUGCCCCAACCCGGCCUUGAUCCAUACAACAACUUUUAUCCACAGGGCCAAGGUUAUGGAUUGCAACAGUCCAUCCACUACCCGGGUGUCCCUGCUAGCCCUGGUCGUGGCCAUGGCUUCCCUCCACAGAUGCAGCCGGCUCCCUAUGGCGUCGCUCCCUAUGGGCACCAGCCCCAGGCUCAGAGCAUGUCCCGCUCUCCCUCUAACAUGUCGGAGCGCCCGUCAUCUGCCGUUCCACAGCCAUCCACCCCUGCGAUGACCAACGUCAACCACAUCUCACACACGCACACUCCUAGCAUGACGUCUGCCAGUCCAGUUCCUACUACAAGCUUUGAGCGUCCCAAGCGGGCAAGCAAGGCCAUUAUCAUCAAGACUGUGGAUGGGGAGGUCGUUGACUUCAACAAGCCCAAGGGCUCAUCACCCGCGCCAUCUGCUGCCGCAUCUGCACCACCUGCCGCUCCUAGGUCACCAGCCAUUGCUGCCACGCCCACGCCACCUCGUGCACCAAGCGCGUCUGAUGCCACAAAGGCUGAAGACACUGCUGCUAAGAAGGCCGACUUUGUCAAGCAAUUCCAGGAGAAACUCCGCCUCCAGGAAGAAGCCGAGAAGAAGGCCAAGGAGGCUUCCGAAGACGAGGCCAAGGCUGAGGCCAGCGCUAAGCUUGCUGCCGAGAAAGAGGCAGAGGCAAAGGCUGCUCUUGAGGCCAAGGAGAAGGAGGAGGCUGAAGCUAAGAAGAAGGCCGAGCUGGACGCAGAGGAGAAGAAGCGCAAAGAAGAUGAGGAAAUGGAGCGUAUGAUUGCAGAGAUGGAAGAAGAAGAGAGAAAGCGUGAAGAGGACGAGAAGCGCUACGCAGAAGAGAAGAAGCGCAAGGCCGAGGCUGAAAAGGCCAACGCUGCUGAGAAGAUUAAGCAAGAGGAGGAGCGUCUUCGCAAGCUCGAGCGUGAAGCUGAAGAGGCCGAGGCAGCCCGUGCAGCAGAGACUCCUGAGCAAAAGGCCGAACGCGAGGCCAAGGACAAGGAGCUCUUUGCCAGCCUCAAGAAGAACACCAUGUUCGGUCCGGGUGCCUCGCAGCAGGCUGAGGAGCCUGUGGCCCCAGUAGUGGCGCCUGCGCCAUCCAAGACACCCACUGGCACCAAGCCCAAGCCAGCUGCCCUCAAGCUUGAGACGAACAAGUCUGUCGAGCCUGCACAGCCCACUGCCGGCAUGCAAGCGCUCAAGACGGCACGUUUCCUCGAGGUCCGCAACGAGAUUCAGUACCCGCAAGGCAUUGCCAGCCCCAACCCGGCUCUGAACAACAGCAACAGGAGCAAGGGUCGCCAGUACGACAAGGACUUUUUGCUGCAGUUCCAGGACGUCUUCAAGGAGAAGCCUUCUGUUGACUGGGAUCUGAAAUUGAAGGAGACUGUUGGCGAUGAGCCUGCUUCAGCCCGCGGUCCUCCAUCAGCCCGUCCUGGCUCCAUGAUUGGCGGCGGCCGACAGCCUUCUCGUUCAGGCCCCGGUGCUGGUGGUAGCAUGGGCAAUUUUGGACAAGGCGGUCCACUGGGAGGUCGCACACUCCCACCAGGUACGACAUCCGAACAGCGUUUCCAGCAAGCCCAAGGUGGACGUGGCUCUAUGACGAAUCCUCUUGCUCAUGUCGUUCUAGGUGGAGGUCGCGGUGGCGCAUUCCCCAUGGCACCCCCCAUGGCACGUACCAGCUCCUACCAGAGCAUGCCUCACGGCCCCAACUCUCCCCGUGUUGGCAGCUCUCGUGGUAAGGGAGGCGGUAGCCGUCGCGGCGGUAACAACGCCACUGCUCAGGACGCCAAGACUAUGCCUUUGACUGCAGGCCAGGAGGUCAAGGCCCUCCAACGCUCGCAGACUGGAUGGGUCCCCACAUCGAUUACUCAGCCCCAAGCUGCCCAACAGUCUGCUGGACACAUGCCUCCGGACAUGGUACAGCGUAAGGUCAAGGCUGCGCUGAACAAGAUGACACCCGACAAGUUUGACAAGAUCUCUGACCAGAUUCUUGAGAUUGCCGGUCAAUCCAAGGACGAGACUGACGGUCGCACCCUCCGUCAAGUCAUCCAGCUCACCUUUGAAAAGGCCUGCGACGAGAGCCACUGGUCUUCCAUGUAUGCCAAGUUCUGCAGCCGCAUGUUGCAGACUAUGAGCACGGAGAUCAAGGACGAGAACGUCCGCGACAAGCACGGCAACCCCGUCGUUGGCGGUGCCCUCUUCCGAAAGUACCUCCUCAACCGCUGUCAGGAAGAGUUUGAGCGUGGUUGGGAAGUCAACCUCCCCGACGCUCCCGAAGACGGCAAGGAGGCCAAGCUGCUUUCGGACGAGUACUAUGUCGCCGCUGCCGCCAAGCGUAAGGGUCUCGGUCUGAUUCAGUUCAUCGGAGAGCUGUACAAGCUAGGCAUGUUGACGCUGCGAAUCAUGCACGAGUGUGUGCUCAAGCUCCUCGACUUUGAGGGUCUUCCUGAUGAGGCCGCCAUUGAGAGUUUGGUCAAGUUGCUCCGCACUGUCGGUGCCACCAUGGAGUCUGCCGAGGCUGGCCCCAAGAUGAUCAACAUGUACUUUGAGCGCAUCGAGAAGGUCAUGAACAUGGAAGGCCUUCCCUCGCGUAUGCAUUUUAUGUUGCUCGAUACCGUCGACCUGCGCAAGGCUGGAUGGAAGUCCAAGGACACCCUCAAGGGCCCCAAGACCAUUGCCGAAAUUCAUCAAGAGGCUAUGGCGGCUCAACAGGCUGCCGAGAUGGAGCGAACACGCUCGAACCAGCGCGGUGGUGGUGGCCGUCUCCCAAUGGGCCGUGGCGACGCCCGCUCCUUUUCUGGUGCUGGUAUGCAGCCGCCUCCAGACACUGGCAGCCGCGUGCAGAUGGACGACCUCCGCAAGCUUUCCAAGGGCGCUUCUGGCCGCAACCUCAACAACCCUGGUGCGCUUGGUCCAUCCAUGCUCGGCAGCCGUAGCGGCAGCGGCCGCCGCGGUCUCGGCCCUGGCAUGAUGGGCCGUGGUGGUGAGGACUCUGGUGCCUCAUCGCGCACCGGCACUCCCCCUGUGCAGAAGGAGAAGGAUUCCAAUGCCCACGCAAACGCUUUCAGUGCGCUAGCAGCCCUUAGCAACGAAGAUGCCGGCGAGGCCGCCUCUUCAUCACACCCGCCAGAAGAGACGCCUGCCGAACCGGAGGCCAAGCCAUCCGAGUGA